GGAGCAGAGAACAGGCUGGCAGGAGCUGCGCAGAUGUGAGGAGCCGUCAGACUGUCAGAGAAGAGCUGAGCUGAGGCACGAGCUGCGGACACACCUGACCACCAAAGAUGUCGUUUGCCAGAGACAGACUGUACAAAGGAUACCUGCUGAGGAGAAUGGCCACGAUUGUGUCCACGGUGAAAACCAGAGAAAUAGUUCCUCAUCUGUCCUGCCUGACUGAUCACGACAGGGAAAACAUCGAGGCCAAGCGUGACACCUGUGGGAACUACGACAGCAUGGUUCUUCUCCUGGACUGUCUGAAGAGGAGGGAAAACUGGCCGGAGCAGUUCAUCGCAGCGCUCGAGGCGUGCGACCAUCAAACUUUGGCAGAUGAGAUCAGAGCAGAGUACGACGCUCUGAGAGGCACCAACAAUUCCAGCCCGAGCUCCCCUCCAGUCACCGUCACCAGGGCACACGUCCAUCCAGCUCCAUCUGCCAGUCAUCUGUCCAUCCCGGAGAGUGCUGACAACACUCCGGCUGCCCAGGCGGCUUUGCCCCCUCCGGACAUCCCCGCUCAGCCACAAGCCCCCCAGAGCUCAGCAGACCAACAUCCUGAGGCCGAGGAGGCCGAGAUUAAAGUGAAGCCUGCUCCGUCGACUCCUCCUCCCUCCCCUGAAACACCACACAACCAGGCGACGGCAGCCCCGCCGCCUCAGAGCGAGAUCGGUUCUCAUCAGGAGCCGGUGGAAAACUCAGAGUCAGACAUCCAGGACGUCUCCGGAGAUAACGGUGUGAACGCAGGAAACAGCGAGGCAGCGCUCAGCUCUGUGGACACUCCUCACCCAGAGCCAGCGCAGAGUCCACCUCCGACUCAGAUGAACUCAGAUGUGACUGACAGAUCUUCUUUCCCCACGAUGACCCCAGAGAAGCCUCCAGUCCAGGACACCAGCCCUGUAGAGGACCUCCAACGUGCUGCUGCUGCUGCUGUGCAGCCUGAGGAGACGUCUGAAGCUCCGGCCACACAGGUUGCUGCUGUGGUUGCUGCCUCUCUCUUUGAUGACGCUCUCUGUCUGAGCAAACCCGGUGAGCUCAUGAGCGUUCAGCCCCAAAAUCACGCCACCGUCUCUGCACCCAGCUCACCGGAGCAGCCCUACUCGGGUAACAGUGAGCGGCUGGAGAUAAGCGAAGCUGCAGCAGACGCUCCUGCAUGCUCUGUUACCAGCUCCACCAUCAGCACCACCACCCUGGACACAACCUCCGCUCUGCCGUGCCAGGAGAACGGCAUUCCUCUGAACCAUAACGAGCCGGAGGAGAACCAGUACGACUCUCCUGGACAGAGUCUGGAUCUGCAGGAGGUGCGGAUGAACGUGGUGAUGAUAUCCGAGGAGCCGUCUAUCCUAAACUUGGAUGGCCAAAGCUCAGCAGCUCAAAUCGUGAACGGUGAAGAAGCGCUGCCGCCUCCACCGCCGCCACCCACCAACGCUGCUGGUACUGUAUCGAGCGUAAGUACCGACGACCUGUCUGAGCCAGAACCGGAGCAGAAAACACGGCGGGAUUCAGAGGAGCACACUUCCUCUCGUGCUCUGCCAGCUAAUACAAAGUACAUCCUGACGGCUGCAGGAGUGGGCGCCUGCGCUCUGCUGAUGGCGUGGAAGUUUAAGAACUAAGGAGCUCUAAUACCUUUAAAGGUCAGAUUAGCUUUACGGCUGUGACAGAGGAUCUGAACCUGUGGGGCCUUGUUGGAAGACCUGAAGCAGCUGUUUAAUCAUUACCUACAGUAAUAACAGCUGACCCUCCAGACCUUUGAUCAUGUCAUUAAUUACAAACCUGAUGGACUCUCUUAUCUCUCAUUUAAACGACCCGAUCGAGCUCACACCAAAUCUACACUUCUGAUUUUAAGUUCUGGGUUCAGAUCUCAGGUUAUGAUGGACUAGCUGCAGAUGUGUGGUGCCGUGUGUUAACAAUAAUAAAGAUGAUAAUAAUAGACGUGUUUAUAUGUUGUCUGAAGAUCAGACUGAUGACUCGUGCAGUGAGGAUUAACGAGGAGCUGAAGAUCACUGUAUUAACUGUACAUAUAUAAAUAUACUGUAGACUGUAUGUUUAUCAUAAUGUAUUUUAAAAAUCGAGCUGAACAGAAUUAAAUCUGGCUGUAAAUCUCCCCUGACUGUUUUUAAACUCGUGGUCAGAUUUCUUGAUGUUUUCAGAUCAUGUAAAUGUAAAUGAGCUGCACUUUGCAGGGACUUUCUGCUCGUUAUCUGGUGUAAAUGUUUGAGAUGGCUUUUUAUUUUCAUAGAUUUGAAGGUUUUUACUGCGAACAGCUCCGUCAACAUGAGAACUGUCACUGUAAUCUGUUAGGAUACUGAAGUGUACAUUGUAAUCUCAGUUUAGUAAGUCUGAGCUCAGUUUUUAUGCACUUCUCUCUCUUGCUAUGCACUUAAAACUCACAUCAAUAAACCUGAAAUUAUAAAUAAAAGAUUGAAUGUG